AUGGAUGUAUGGUGUGGUCCGUGCAAAAUACUCAAACCAAGACUCGAGACUAUUAUCGGCGGAAAGACUGGUAAAGGAGUGGAUUUGGCGGAAGUGGACGUCGACGACAACGAGACCAUUGCCUCCAAAUAUCAGGUGACAUCCGUUCCCACAGUGUUUGCUAUGAGUGGCGGCAAAGUUAUCGAUCAGUUCAUUGGCCUCAAAGAUGAAGACCAGUUGCGAGCCUUCGUCGGCAAAGCGCUCAAAGAAUGAUUGCAUUUGUUUUAGUGUAGAGUUUAUAGAAAUUAAUUGGAUUUUUAUAGCAUUGAAAAUAACUUCAUUAGAAAUUUCACCAAAAAAACAAACAAAUAACAAAUAUUUUGUAUGAAUUCGUAGAACUAAUGGCAAUAAAAAGGAGUCAUUGAAAAUAAA